AUGUCUUUUCUGAAGCCUACGUUGACGACGACUGCGAGGCUUGGGGCUACCUUCUUGUCUCCUGACGUCAGUUCAAUCCAGAUGAACGCCUUUGAGCAUGGUCCUUCUACUGGACCUCUCUUAGAAGCAGCAGAUUCUGAUAAUCUUCUUAUUAAUUGCAUUGAAUCUGUAGGUAUUUUCAGCACCUAUAGUUUCGAAUUCUGAGAUUUCCACGGACAAAAUAAACUUCAGAAUAAAUAGACAAGAAAAAUUGUAAGAGUUUUUUCUUUCUACUCGCUAGCAGUUGAUCUUUUGAAUUCUCAUUGAAACGUAACGUUUUUCUUCCUUAAAGUUCUUCGAAAUUGUUUUUCAAUGAGAAUCACGCAUAAUAUUCGAGAAAAUAAAUUAUUAAAACUUUAUGUGUUUAGAGCGUUCCGAUAAUGUACUCACUGGUUAUAAACAAAAAGCUUAUUUUUGUCGACACCAAGUGGAAGAUUUUCAGCGCUCGCAGAAAAAGUCGUCUCGAGCAGAGCAGCCGGUUAAUAGACUCGAAUCGCAAAUUUACGCCAUCUACCGACAAGAAGUGGCCAACUGCGACGCAGGAGGCCGCAGCACUCAACAUAUUGGCAACGAUUGGUUGCGCAAUGUCGCUACCAGGAUGCUCGUUUGCAAAGGAGAAUCCACAGGAAGCGUCACCGACUCGUGGAUUCGCGGCUUCAAGCGACGUUACAACGUCAAGUACUACAAAGGCCGUAAACACGCUCAAAACCAGAGCAGUUAUGUGACGAAAGACCAGGAGGGUUCCGAAGAUGACGUUCAAGUAGACGUAACCAAUGAUGGUGAACCGAAUGAACCUACAGCUCGAGAAGCGAUAAGUUCAAGUCAAAACCUUGAAAAAUCUAAAAAGAGCCGAAAAAAACGCAAAAGCGAGGAAACCGGCCCUGCAACAAAAGGUAAGAUCCCACUUUACGAAAAAAUAGAAUAAGGAUACACUUUUUUUCUCUCACCCAAUUACAAACGAAGAAAAACUGAACAACUAGUUUAAUAAUUUGCAGCACGUCGUUGGGAAAAGCUGGAAUAUCCCUUGGUGGAGAAACAUCUCUUUCAACGAAUAUCGGCCCGUCAAGCACGACAAGAGCGGCUCUCAAACCCUUGGAUUCAAGAUGAAGCCAGAACUAUUGCUCGUUCGCUCUACAGUAUCGAAGAGGCCGAAAAAGCCGAUUUCAACGACCGCUGGUUAAGUCAGUUCCGGAAGCGCUAUCAAGUUGAGCUCAAGGUAAGUAUGGAUAUUUUCUUUGGUAAAUUCGACUUCCAGCCGCCAAACUGCGCCGAACAAACCCGGUUGUGCCCUGAUCCAUUUCAAAAUGACUCAAGUAUACUGGAAUCCUCAAAUGCUCAAAUCAAAAAUGAAGAUGGAGCGAUGCCGGACCUCGAGCAGCUUUGUUUCCUACUAAAGAGCUCGCAAACCCUUUUUCCUCGUCUCACGUACCCCUCAAUGCCUACCGAAACUUUUAAUCAGUAUCUUUGGCUUAACCAGGCGAUCAAUUUUGCAUCACUGCUAGGCGUCCAGCCUUUCUCUCAGCCUUGA